ACACGCAGCAGAUGAAGACCAGAUGUUUUAAGUCACUCUCCUCAUUCAGAAUUUUGUGCACACCACUGUAGACUCCUGUCAUCAAAGAUGCAUGAUCUGUACCGAUGCCAAGCAGGUUCUCCACACUAAUGAAGAACAGCCUGAACUGCUAGCAUCCCCUCCCUCCAACUCAGGAAGCCCUAGGUGAUGAUGGCUCAGCAGGUGAGCAGCUCUCCCUUCCUGAAGCCCUUUUACCUGAAGACGCCCCUGAGCGUGUCCAGCCCUCUCCGGCAGCGCCGGCACACGCUCCCUGCCAGUGAGUUCCGCAACCUCACUCCACAGGAUGCCAUCAGCGUGUUCGAGAUCGAGAGGGAAGCUUUCAUCUCGGUGUCUGGAGAGUGCCCGCUCACCCUGGACGAGGUGCUGAGCUUCUUAGGCCAGUGUCCUGAGCUCUCCUUGGGCUGGUUUGAAGGGGGACAGUUGGUGGCCUUCAUCAUUGGAUCUGGUUGGGACAAGGACAGACUGGCACAGGAGGCCCUGACCCUGCACGUGCCGGACUCUCCCACUGUUCACAUCCAUGUACUGUCCGUCCACCGCCAAUGCCGGCAGCAGGGGAAGGGCUCCAUCCUGCUGUGGCGCUACCUGCAGUACCUGCGCUGCCUGCCCGGCCUGCGGCGAGCUCUGCUCAUCUGCGAGGAGUUCCUCGUGCCCUUCUACGAGAAGUCCGGCUUCAAGGAGAAAGGCCCCUCAGCCAUCUCAGUGGGAGCUCUCUGCUUCAGAGAGAUGGAGUACAUGCUAGGAGGGCUGGCUUACGCACGACGCAACAGUGGCUGUUAAAAGCUUCCGUGAUUGAGGUUCACAGUGUUUUUUCAAGUAAUGGACAUGGUGCUCACAUCCUGAGCAGUAACUGAAGGCUCCUGGACGAAAAGCCUGGCAACAGCCACUGAAACAUUUCCUCUCUGGGUCAUCAUUCAACUUAUGAGAGACUAUGAGUCAGCGUCUCACUGAUAUGAGACUGGGACGAUUACAGUCUGCAGAAUGGCAUUAAAAAAUUGAAUGUUGGAGGUUGGAUAACCAAAUUUACACAGAACAGGAUAACACUUAACGUGGAUUGGUUUCAGAGAUCCUGCGCAUAUCACUGUGGUUGCAUUUGAAAUGUAAACACUUGUAAAGAUGUUUAUAUGAAUGCAUUAUCAUAUAUUAAUCAGCUAAGUGAGGUUUUGUAAACAUUUUCAUGGUCGGCCA